ACGAAUACAACUGCACACUCAGAGAUACAAAAAAGAAAUACUUGGAUUGUAAUAAUUUGGACCAGGACCGAAUCUUGUAUUUUUCCCACUGUUUGCUUUUGGUUUUCGGAUUGGAUUCGUACCUUUGACUGGAUGGCUCGGACGAUGUAUUUCCCGAGGGAAACGUCGCGUUACUGGAUGUAUUUGAUUGCGCUGCUCCUGGAAUGUUUGCAUAAAGUGGCCAGUGGACAGCUUUCCUAUUCCGUGUCAGAGGAGGUAAACCCAGGGACGUCUGUGGGAAAUAUGGCCCGGGAUCUCAACCUCGACGUGAACACUUUAGAAUCUCGCUUGUUUCAGGUCGUCAGCAAUUCUAAGACGAAAUAUUUCGACGCCAAUCUAAAGACUGGUCUUCUUUUUGUCCGUGAAAGAAUAGACAGAGAGGAGCUGUGCGCGAAGGCUCCGAAAUGUACGAUAAGCGUGGAGGCUGUGAUCAAUCACCCUUUAAAUCUUUAUCGCUUGGAGGUAAACAUAAUAGAUAUCAACGACAAUGCGCCCGUAUUUGCUGAGGAUUUGCAAUCUCUUGACAUCGCAGAAAGCACACUACCGGGUGUGAAAUUCGGAUUAAUCGAGGCAACGGAUCCGGAUGUGGGAAAGAACGGCAUUCAGACGUACAAGCUGAGUGCCAACGAAUAUUUCUCCUUAGAGGUCCACAAAGGGGGCGAGAGUGUGUCUGCGGAGUUGCUGCUGCACAAAGCGUUAGACCGCGAGCGCGACUCUGUGAUAAAGCUCACGCUGACGGCGCUAGACGGAGGAACCCAACCCAGGUCAGGAACAUCACAAAUUAUUGUCCAUGUUUUGGAUAGUAACGACAAUCCUCCUGUUUUUAGCACGUCAUUAUACAAAAUUAAAAUACAAGAAAACGCCCCGGCAGGCUCCGCUGUGAUCACGCUGAAUGCAACAGACGAGGACGAGGGCUUGAACAGUGAGAUAGAAUACUCUUUGAGGAAAAAAGGACAGGAUCAGGUUUUGCAUUUGUUUGAAAUGGAUCCUAAAACAGGUCACAUUCGACUUAAAAGUCAGAUUGACUACGAAGCAAAUUCAGCCUUUGAGAUUCAUGCACAGGCCACAGACAAAGGCCAACCACCACUUUCAACACAUUGUAAAGUCUUAGUGGAAGUGGAGGACAGCAAUGACAACGCUCCUGAGAUUAGUGUGACGUCACUGCUGCACACAAUCAAGGAGGACGCUGAGGUCGGAACUGCUGUUGCUCUCGUUUCCGUGAUGGACCAGGAUGGAGGGAGCAACGGUGUCGUUCAAGUUGCCAUUGCAAAUAAGACUCCUUUUAAAUUGGACACAAAUUAUAAAAACUAUUAUUCGUUAAUAGUAAACGGGGCGCUGGACAGAGAGACUCAAAGCCACUAUAACAUCACGAUUGUCGCUAUUGACCAAGGCGCUCCACCUCUGUCCAGCACAAGGGGAGUUUAUGUCCAGAUCGCCGAUGUCAACGACAACGCGCCCCGCUUCCCAGAGCCCCUCGUCAACAUUUACGUCCAGGAAAAUAGUCCACCGGGGGCACUCGUACACAAAGUGGCUGCGCUCGAUGACGACAUUGAGCAAAACGGACGCGUGACUUACUCGCUUUUGCAAAGUAGCGGCCAGUCGCCGCCGCUCACCACCUUGAUCAACAUCAACUCGGAGAGCGGCGACAUCGUCAGCUUGCAGUCGUUCGACUACGAGACGCUGCAGACGCUGGAGUUCCAAGUUCAGGCCACGGACGGCGGCGUCCCUCCGCUCAGCGGCAACGUGAGCGUCAACCUUUUCAUCCUGGACCAGAACGACAACAGUCCCCGCAUUCUGCCGCCCUAUUCCGAGCACGGCUCGGCCAACGGCGAGAGCGUCCCCUACUCCGCCGAAGCGGGAUACUUUGUGGCGAAGAUCAGGGCCGUGGACGCCGACUCGGGUUACAACGCGCUGCUCUCCUACCAGCUGUCGGAGCCCAAAGGCGGCAACGGGCCGCUCUUCCGCAUCGGAAGCGGCAGCGGGGAGAUUCGGACCAGGAGGAGAAUGAGCGAGGAUGACCUGAAAAGUCACCCCUUGGUGGUGUCGGUGUGCGAUCACGGAGAAGCCUCCCUGUCGGCGACGGUGUCCAUUGAUGUGCUGGUGCUUGAAAGCACAGCUGACAUCCGCACUCAGUUCAGACAUGUGCCCAGAAAGGAGGAGAGCUUCUCCCGUUUGCACUUGUAUCUGCUCAUCGCCAUCGCGGCCGUGUCGCUGGUCUUUCUGCUCAGCCUGCUGGCUUUCGUAGCCUUCAAAUGCCGCAGACGGACGGACGGCGGCGCCCCCGUGAUUGCCGCCCACCCCGACGGGAGCUGGUCUUACUCCAAAGCGAUGCAGCAGUACGACGUGUGUUUGGGCUCCGACACGCUCAAGAGCGACCUGGUGCUUUUCCCCGCGGCCUUUCCGCCCGCCGAGGCCGAACUGAUCAGCAUUCACGGAGGCGACACCUUUACCAGGACUCAGACCUUGCCAAACAGCGAGAAGGUACGAGCAUUUUCUUAAACGCUCUUUGUCGAUUCACACAGUCACGAAAAACAACGUUGA